AUGCGUUUAAAAAUAUUUACAGCCGGUAAUUAUGGUGUUAAACUUGAUAAAAUAUUUGAUGAAACUAAUCAGCAAAAUCCAUGGCAACCUGAAUUUUAUAAUAUUAAACAUGAUAGUGAAGAAAUUCGUUCAACACAGAAUAAAAUUUCAUUAGGUACAUAUAUAUUAAUAAUACAUGGUUCACCAUAUGGAAUUCUCAAUUUAGCCAUACGAAACAAACAUAUCGGUUAUACAACAUUAUAUGACCAUAUACAACUUAUCAAACCAAAACGUCAUAUAUUUCGACAUAUUGAUGAAUCCAUAUGGAAAACAACAAGAUAA